UGUUUUUUUGGCUGGUGAGUGAAGCAAAUUUACCAGACACAGAAGAUUUUAUAUCCUUUCAUGUAUUUCUACCUCCGUUUUGUAUCGAUCGAAUAUCUAUUCCUAAGUUUCAUAUCCCUGUUUAUCAUUUUGCUAAGUCCCGCUUACUGUGUAUUUGUAUUGGUUAAACAGCCUGUCAAUCAAUCCCUCGCAGCCCAGGUAAGUUGUACCUGCUCCGGAGAGUUUCAGGAAGUCAAAAGUCAACGAGUGCAUCACUGGUGAAAUCUACAGCUGGAAAGUCAGCUUAUCGUAGUUAGCGCGGCAUAGUUUGGGCAGUGAGAGCCUGCGUGCGUCCAUUGAGAAGGAGCAGAAAGGAUACAUCAAUAAAAUUGUGAGGGGUAGAUGGAAAGGAGGAACAGAGGAAAAGAGGGAGCGAAGAAGGGAGGAACAGCUGGAACAGGAAGCAUGAAAACAAGAUGGAAAAAUUGUGAUAUUACAGGAUUAGGAUAGUCACUGUGUUUCACUUGUUUAUUUUUUUAUUGGGGAUCUGCUAGGCUUACAGAUCACUUAUAAGAUUACUUCAUUGACAGUUGUGCAUUCAGCAGAUGGAUUUAACAGGAGUUUAAUUUUUAAUUAAUGACUAAAUCACAUGUAUGUAUGUAGCCUACUAUUAAAAUCCUGUGGUUUGUCCUUUUUGCUUUCCCAGAACAACAAAACACACAAGCGUGCACUUUGAGACAAGACCCUCAUUUUCAGGCGGUCUCGGUUGACAGCUUUCACACCAGCGUUAACAAACCAAUCAAACAAAUAAAGACACCACAGUUCACUGAAGCACAACAAACAGAUGAGUUGUGAAAGCAGAAGACUAACUGGACCUUGUGAAAGCCAAAAUGACAGAGAGUGACCUCCUCAACAUUCUGGAACAUUUAAAAGAUGAUGAAUUUAAAAAGUUCAAAUGGCACCUGAAGUAUGAAAGGCUGCGCAACAUCCCAUCCAUUCAAGAGAGCCAGCUGUCAAAGGCAGAGAGGUGGGACACGGUGGAUAUGACGGUGCAGAAAUAUGAAUUUGCUGGAGCUGUGGAAGUGAUCAAGAACAUUUUAAAGAAGAUCAGCAGGAAUGAUCUGGUGAGGGAGUUGCCAAACAUCAGCUCAGGAGCAGAAGCAGAUAGUGGUCUGCAGGAGGUUUCAUAUAUAUAUAAGAUCAGUCUGAGGAGGAAAUGUCAACAUGCAACUGAAGGAACUGAUAAACAAGGAAGUAGAACCCUCCUCAACAGCAUCUACACUGAGCUCUUCAUCACGGAGCGACAGAGUGAAGAGGUUAAUACCCAACAUGAGGUGAGCCAGCUUGAGACAGCUUCCAAGAUGGAGAACCUCCAUGACACUCCAAUCAAGUGCCACGAUAUCUUUAAAGCCUUACCUGACCAACAGAAAUAUAUCCGAGUUGUUCUGACGAACGGCGUUGCUGGCAUUGGAAAAACCUUCUCAGUGCAGAAGUUCGCUCUGGACUGGGCAGAGGGCUUGAAAAAUCAAGAUGUCAGUCUGGUGAUUCUGCUUUUGUUCAGGGAGCUGAACUUGAUCAAAGAUGAGCAGUACAGUCUCCUCAUGCUGAUCCAUGUUUUCCAUCCAACAUUACAGAAUGUCACAGCAGAGAAGCUUGCUGACUGUAAAGUUUUGUUCAUCUUUGAUGGCCUGGAUGAAAGCAGACUUUCACUGGAUUUCAAGAACAAUGAGGUCGUGACUGAUGUCACACAGAAGUCAUCAGUCAAUGUGCUGUUGACAAACCUCAUAGAGGGGAAUCUGCUUCCCUUGGCUCUCGUAUGGAUAACUUCCCGACCUGCAGCAGCCAGUCAGAUCCCUCUUACAUGUGUUGACAGAGUAACAGAAGUACGAGGUUUCACUGACGCCCAGAAGGAAGAGUACUUCAGGGGGAGAUUCUGUGAUGAAGAGCUGUCUAGCAGAAUCAUCUCACACAUCAAGACAUCCAGGAUUCUCAACAUCAUGUGUUACAUCCCAGUCUUCUGCUGGAUCACUGCUAGAGUUCUGAAGCAAAUGUUGACUACAGACAAGAGAGGAGAGCUGCCCGAGACACUGACUAAGAUGUACUCACUCUUCCUGCUACUUCUUUGCUGGACAAAGAGGAAGAAGCACAAGUAUGAUAAGGGACAUGAGAUGAGGCCACAGGAGUUGACAGAGGCUGACAGGGAAUUUCUUCUGAAGCUGGGGAGACUGGCGUUUGAACAUCUGGAGAAAGGAAACAUCAUGUUCUACCAAAAAGACCUGGAGCAGUGUGGUCUUGAUGUCACAGAGACCUCGGUGUUGUCAGGAUUUUGUACAGAGAUCUUCAUAAGAGAGAGUGUGAUCUUCCAGGAAACAGUCUACUGCUUUGUUCAUCUGAGCAUUCAGGAGUUUCUGGCUGCAGUCUACAUGUACCACUGUUACACCAGCGGCAACACAGAGGUACUGGAUGACUUCCUGGGAAAAGAGUUCGAACACAGGGAAUCAGUACUAAACUUUCUCCGCAAUGACACUGCAGCUAAUUUCAGAUAUAAUGAUAGCUCAUCCCUGGAUGGCUUCCUGAGAAGAGCCAUGAAGAAAUCUCUCAAAAGUGAAAAUGGCUACCUGGACAUGUUUGUUCGCUUCCUUCAUGGCCUUUCUCUGGAGUCCAACUGGAGACUCUUAGGAGGCCUGCUGGGUCAGACUGAAGACAGUCCAGAGAUCAUCCAGAGAGCCAUCAACAACAUGAAGGAGAUGAGCACUCAUGAUAUCUCUCCCGACAGAAGCAUCAAUAUCUUCCACUGUCUGAUGGAGAUGAAUGACCGCUCAGUACAUCAGGAGAUCCAAGAGUUCCUGAAGUCAGAGAACAGAUCAGCGAAGACACUUUCUGAGAUUCACUGCACAGCUCUGGCCUACAUGCUGCAGAUGUCAAAGGAAGUUCUGGAUGAGUUGGACCUGAAGAAGUACAACACAUCAAUUGAGGGACGAAAGAGACUAAUCCCAGCUGUGAGGAACUGCAGAAAGGCUCAACUUUCUGGCAGUGGACUCUCAAAGACUCACUAUGAAAUUGUGGCCUCGGCUCUGAAGUCCAACCCCUCCCAUCUAAGAGAGCUGGACUUGAGCUGCAACGACCUGCACGAUUCAAGAGUGGACAUUCUGUCUGCUGGACUGGAGAGUCCAAACUGUAGACUGGAGAUUCUGAGAUUGAGUUACUGCACGUUGUCAGAGAUCAGCUGUGCUUCUCUGGCCUCAGCUCUGAAGUCCAACCCCACCCAUCUGAGAGAGCUGGAACUGAGCUACAAUCAGCUGCAGGAUGCAGGAGUGAAGCUGCUGUGUGAUUUUCUGAAGAGUCCAAACUGUAGACUGGAGACUCUGAGAUUGAAUGGCUGCAGUUUGUCAGAGAUCAGCUGUGCUUCUCUGGUCUCAGCCUCCAACCCCUCCCAUCUGAGAGAGGUGGAUCUGAGCUACAAUCAGCUGCAGGAUGCAGGAGUGAAGCUGCUGUGUGAUCUUCUGGAGAAUCCAGACUGUAGACUGAAGACUGUGAGAUUGAUAUCCUGCAGUUUGUCAGAGAUCAGCUGUGCUUCUCUGGACUCAGCUCUGAAGACCAACCCCUCCCAUCUGAGAGAGCUGGAUCUGGGUAAAAAUGACCUGCUUGACUCAGGAUUGAAGCUGCUGUGUGAUUUUCUGGAGAGUCCACACUGUAGACUGGAGACUCUGAGAUUGUUUUGCUGCAGUUUGUCAGAGAUCAGCUGUGCUUCUCUGGCCUCAGCUCUGAAGACCAACCCCUCCAAUCUGAGAGAGCUGGAUCUGAGUGACAACAACCUGCAGAAUUCAGGAGUGAAGUUGCUGUGUGAUUUUCUGGAGAGUCCACACUUUAGACUGAAGACUCUGAGAUUGAGUCGUUGCAGUUUGUCAGAUAUCAGCUGUGCUUCUCUGGCCUCAGCUCUGAGGUCCAACCCCUCCGGUCUGAGAGAGCUGGAGAUGAAUUACAACAAGCUUCAAGAUUCAGUAGUGAAGCUGCUGUGUGAUUUUCUGGAGAGUCCACACUGUAGGCUGGAGACUCUGAGAUUGUGUUGCUGUAGUUUGUCAGAGGUCAGCUGUGCUUCUCUGGCCUCAGCUCUGAAGUGCAACCCCUCCCAUCUGAGAGAGCUGGAGAUGGAUGGAAACAAGCUGCAGGAUUCAGGAGCGAAGCUGCUGUGUGAUUUUCUGGAGAGUCCAGACUGUAGACUGGAGACUCUGAGUCAUAAAAGAUGAUUGAUUCUUAAAGAAACUCUAGAAAAUGUCCACAGUUAGUUGUUAAAG